GAUCAGCCAUGAGUUACAGCAGACACGCUCCUCCAUGUGUCCUGUUACUGCUGAUGUAUCAGUACGUCCUGCUGACAAUAACUCAUUAUGCCUCUGAGUGCAGCUUUAAUCUGUAAUAAAUACAUGAUUUAAAAACUGCUUUCACAAGCAGUAUCAGGCAGAUUAGCUGUCACGUAUGUGAGCAGUCAGUGCACUUCAGUUUGAUUUAUAAUGCAUCAAAUCAGUGACCUCAGAUUAGGUUCAUGUAGUUAAGGAAACCAGAGAGAUAAGCUGUGACGGUGCUGCUGGGAAAUAAACCCGUCUGAGACCAGAGUCCAGAGGCUGAUGCUCCGGGGAUAGGUUUAAACUGAGCCUAGGGUCAAGGACACGCGAUGAUGAUGUUAACCAGCUGCUGACGGCGCCACACUUUCUGACAUCCAACUUAAACCUUCUGCAGACUCGGUGUGACCCCAUCCCAGGGUCUGGUGUGUUAGCCGUGCCUGGAGGACAGCCUAUGAAGAUGGGAGCAACAUUCACUAAUACAUCUCCCUCGUGGCCUUCACAGCAGGUGGAGAAGCUCACCUGAGGUCCUAACAUCAGCCUGUGCGUGAUGUCGUCGGGGUCAGUGUGCACGGUUACUGCAGCGGGAGGGAAAUCAGUCCCGGAGGUCCACAGGUGUGCAGGACAGGUAAAGCAGCUACAGCUUCACUCCGAGCUGCAGUCAGUUGGAGCGAAGGUGAAGAUGAGGCCGCAGCUCCUCCUGGUUCUGACGGCGGUCGUCUGUGCUGCCGCCAAGCCUCUGAGCAAGGCAGCAAUGACGAGAAACAAGCUGCUGCUGAUCUCCUUCGACGGCUUCAGGUGGGACUACGACCAGGACGUGGACACGCCGAACCUGGACCAGCUGGCUGCAGACGGGGUCAAGGCCAAAUACAUCACGCCCCCGAUGCUGACCAUGACCUCGCCGUCCCACUUCACCACCAUCACCGGCCGAUGGGUGGAGGAUCACGAAGUCGUCCAUAACUUGAUGUUUGACCAAGAGACGAACCUGAAAGUUCCUCACAAAGAGACACUGAAAAGAUCGGAGUGGUGGGACAAUGGAGCUCUGCCGCUGUGGAUCACCGCUCAGAACCAGGGUCUGAAAACAGCUUCCUUCUUCUACCCCGGAGGCGGAGCCAACUACAGUGGCCAAGCGGUCAAUCGAGCACUACUGGAGGACUCCGGCCACCCCGAUGACAAUGAGACCGAGUGGCGUCAGAAUAUUGACACGGUGAUGAGCUGGUUCUCUGAGGAGGACUUCCACCUGGUGACGCUCUACUAUGGCGAGCCAGACAACGUGGGCCACGCCAAAGGGCCGGACACCCCGGACCGGAAAGAGAUCAUCCGUCAGAUCGACCGCACCAUCGGCUACUUGAGGGACGCUAUCGAUUGCCACAACCUGACCGACAGGCUGAAUGUCAUCAUCACCUCUGACCACGGCAUGACCACAGUAAAGAAGAAGCCGCAGGUAGACGAGGUCAUCCUCAACAAAUACCUGAACUUAUUCGAGGGCGCCGGAUUUGAAAUCCUUGACUACGGUGGGUUUGGCAUCCUGACGCCACGGCCGGGGAAGGAGCAGGAAGUUUUUGACGCCCUCUCCAACGUGCCCAAUAUCACGGUGUACAAGAAAAACGAGAUUCCAGAAAGCUUCCAUCUCGCCAAAAGUGAGCGUCUGCCUCCCAUCGUGAUCAUCGCAGAUCUGGGAUUCAACCUGAACUCUAGAUUCAUCGUCUACGUGAAUAAAGGUGACCACGGCUUCCAUAACACUGAGAUGGACAUGAAGACCAUCUUCAGGGCCUUCGGACCGAGCUUCAAGAGGAGCUACCUGUCUGAGCCGUUCGACAGCAUCCACAUCUACCCUCUGAUGUGCAAACUGCUGCAGAUCGAACCAGCGCCGCACAAUGGGUCACUGAGCGUGACCCAGGACAUGCUGCUCCCCACCCUGACCACCACGGCCAAGCCUUCGUUCACAACACCGCAAGGCUCUUUUACCACAGCUGGAUCGCAGGGAGCUCGGCUGUCCGUGGCUCUGCUGCUGGCCGUGCUGCUGGCCAUGUUCACCGUGCUGUAACUGGUCCAGGAUCAGUUUGAUGUACAGCUGGAUUCAGCGAUUUCCUCAUUUAUGUUGCUGCAGGUUCACUCUGAACGUUGUAACGUUUGCUUCUCCAAUAAAUAUGAACAGUGUGAACAUUUUUAAA